AUGGAGUCUGAGCGAUACCGCGAGAGGCUCGCUGCUGGUGAGACCAACGUUGAGAAGCCGCCGAACGUCAUUCGCGAGUUCACCAAUGAAGAGAUUGGCGAGACGCUCUUCACUUUCCUCUUUGCGUCCCAGGAUGCAUCGAGCAGUGCGACGACGUGGCUGUUCCAGAUUCUCGCCCAACGCCCCGACGUGCUCAAUCGUCUGCGGGAGGAGAACCUGGCUGCACGGAAUGGCGACAGGAACAAGCCUUUCGACCUUCCUAUGUUGGAGUCGCUGACAUAUACCAAUGCGGUCAUUAAGGAACUUCUCCGUCACAGGCCACCAGUCAUCUUCGUUCCUUACCUUGCGACCCAGGACUUCCCCGUCACGCCGAACUACACUGUCCCAAAAGGUGCCAUGAUCAUCCCGUCAUGCUACCCAGCCCUGCAUGAUCCAGAGAUUUACCCCAGACCGGACCACUUUGACCCCGACCGAUGGAUCACUGGAGACGCAGAGUCCAAAACCAAGAACUGGCUUGUUUUUGGCUCCGGAGCUCACGAUUGCCUUGCGCGAAGAUAUGUCCCGCUCUCCAUGGCAGGCAUGAUUGGCAAGGCUGCACUGGAACUGGACUGGGAGCAUCAUGCUACGGAGAGAUCGGAGGAGAUUAGGGUAUUCGCGACACUGUUCCCAAUGGACGGGUGUCCGUUGGUGUUCCGAAGACGGCCAUGA